AGUUCUUCUUACGGUGAUUUUGCUUUGAUUGAAAAAAACGUUUUUUUCCUUAUCACCGUCAAAUUGGAGUGACGGAGAGAAUUUCUCAGAAUUGCUCCUUUUCGUCUUCUCCCACAAAAUCCAUUUCUGCUUGAGCUUCACUAGGGUUUCUCUUCGUUGUCAAAUCUCAAUCCGAUCUGAUCUCCCACCUUACGAUUUCAGAUGAAGAGGCUAAUAUCUGAAAUCAAACAAAGCUGCUAAAGCUCCCAGGGCUUCAAGCAAAGGAUUUUCUGUUUCUUUGGAAAAAAGGAGGAGGAUGUCGAGUAGUCGAAAUACCCAUUAUUGUCACAGAUGCCAAAGAGCUGUUCGGCUUCGCGGCCCGGAGCCCGUCUGUUCCUACUGCGGUGGAGGAUUUGUUGAAGAACUUGAUGAUAUGGUGCCGACCAGUCCCUUUGACAUGUUUAGACCCAACAGGGAUGUAGAGCGCGGACCAACAUUUGAUCUCAUGGAUGCAUUCUCAGCCUUCAUUGGGAACCGCUUAGCUGAAAGGAGCUAUGACAGAGAAUUCAGAGGAAGGGUCGGCUCAGGUUCCGACAACUUCCCCAGCCUGGCUCCUUUGUUGAUUUUCGGUGGCCAGGUUCCCUUUAGAUUGGCUGGAGAUAAUAACGCCCUGGAAGCCUUCUUCAGUGGAUCACCUGGCAUUGGCAUCACUCGUGGUAACACCGGAGACUACUUUAUCGGGCCUGGUCUUGAAGAACUGUUUGAGCAGAUCUCAGCUGGCGCUAGCCGAGGCCCACCACCGGCACCUAGAUCAGCAAUAGAUGCAAUGCCAACAAUCAAGAUCACACAAAGGCAUAUCCGGUCAGACUCACACUGCCCGGUUUGCAAAGACGAGUUUGAGGUGGGAUCGGAAGCUAGACAGAUGCCAUGUAACCACAUAUAUCACCCGGACUGCAUAAUCCCGUGGCUGGUCGAACACAACUCAUGCCCGGUAUGUCGACAAGAGCUGCCACAGAGAGGAUCAUCUUCGAGCAGCAGAGAGGGUGAAAGCAGGACGACCACGAGAAGGGGAAUGAGGGAAAGGGAGAGCCAAGGGAGAAGGAACCCUUUCUCGUACUUAUGGCCGUUCCGGUCGUCCAGCUCUAGUUCCGUCCGUAACAACAGAGGAGAGGGGAGCAGCUCAUCGACGGUGGAGGAAGAGAACCAUUACCAUCGCCAACACCAUCAUCAGCAUCCGCAGAUGGGUUACAGUGGAUGGCCCUUCGAUUACUAAAGGUGAGUCACAUCACUUCAGUUUCAUGUUAUAGUUCGCAUGCUCCUCUGUUUCUGUCUGCUUUGUUUGUCUGGACAGAUAAUAUGGUAAAACUACGAUCGUACAACUCUUGCCAAGUUGUUUUGUUGUUAGAACCUGUAAAUCCUCCCUUUCUUGUGUCCUCAAUCCAUCCUUUUUUGUUUUUAUUCCAUCUGGUUUUGCUUUGGAGAUU